GUCAAUCGUCAGUAUGAUCAGGAUGAAAAUAACAACUCAGAAAUGAGUAAAUGGACAACAUUUCACUGAUUUUAAAUGUUUUGCUGAUACUGUUGCAUAUAAAUUAAUUUACCAUGCGCAAUCCGACUGACAGAGUUACGAUAAACCUUGGCUUUGAUCCAGAGAGAAGCUAUUCUGACGGGUAUAAAAGCAAGUCCAUCACCAGGGCAUGGCGGAGACUUUCAAGCCUUCAAAGGACAGUGAUCAUAGCAGCUAUGUGCGUGUUUGGCAUGUGCGUGUUCUACCUGGCGCCAGUGUUCCGCUGGGAGUCCAUGGGACGAGAGGGCCGCAUGCUGCCUAGGAACAUGCCCAACCAGCCUGUGGAUAUGCUGCCUCCAGACGUACUGCAGAAUGUUGCUGACGAGUUGGAAAAACAAAGAGUUGAAGAGCGGAGGAAAGCAGUACAUGAGAUUCAAGACGUCUUGGUACAUGAGGAAAAAGUGGAGGAACCAAAUGUUGCAGACUCUCCGCUCAAGUUUGACACACACAAAGACCAGGAGCAGGCACAGAAAGAAGUUGUUGCCAAACUGGCAAACCAUUACUAUCGACACAGGCGACCUUCAUUUCAGCAAAUCGAGGUUGACAGGUCUGCAGACCCCAGAAGAAAGUUUGAAGCCGUGGUGGACUAUGACUACUUCAGUGCAAAUCGUCGUAACAACCCUCAGCAGUUGGAGAUUAUAGAGGCAUUCCAGGAAUGUUGGUCGGCGUACAAGAAGUAUGCGUGGGGCCAUGACGAAUUCCACCCCAUCACCAAGAAAUGGUCGGAGUGGUUUGGUGUUGGGCUGACUAUUGUUGACUCUUUAGAUACGGCUAUUAUCAUGGGAUUAAAGAAAGAGUAUGAUGAGGGCAGGGAAUUUGUUGCCAAGGACUUGAGGUUUGACAAGGACCAAGACGUCAAUCUGUUUGAGAUCACUAUCCGAGUGCUGGGAGGCUUGCUGAGCUCCUACCAUCUCACGGGCGAUGAAAUCUUCAAGGAGAAAGCCGUUGACCUUGGGGAUCGUCUGUUGCCAUGCUUCAACUCUCCGUCCCGUGUCCCCUACUCGGACGUGAACCUCCGUACGGGGAAUGCCCACGCCCCGCGCUGGGGCCCGGACAGCUCGACCUCCGAGGUCACCACCAUCCAGCUGGAGUUCAAAGACCUGUCAAAGGUCACCGGUGAUCCCAAAUAUAAGGACGCAGUGAAUGAGGUGGCUAAGCAUGUCCAUGAUGAGCCCAAGAAGGACGGUCUCGUGCCAAUCUUCAUCAACGCUCAGACUGGCAAGUUGCGUAACUCUGCUACCAUCAGUGUUGGAGCCCGUGGAGACAGCUACUAUGAAUACCUGUUCAAGCAGUGGAUACAGACUGGAAAAACUGAGGACCAGUAUAAAGAUGACUUUGUAGCCAGCGUUGAAGGGAUGAAGAGGCACCUUGUGAAGAAGUCGGAGCCUUCCAAACUGACCUACAUAGGAGAGCUGGUCAACGGGCACAGCUUUGCACCCAAAAUGGACCACCUGGUCUGCUUCAUGGGGGGUACCCUGGCGCUGGGUCACGCUAACGGACUGCCUGCAGACUAUCUGGAACUUGGCAAGGAGAUGACCCGCACCUGCUACGAGAUGUACGCACGCAUGCCCACCAAACUGAGCCCGGAGAUCGUCUACUUUAAUAUGGCCACCGGAGCCUCAGAUGAUCUUAUUGUGAAGGGUGCUGAUGCCCACAAUCUCCUGCGGCCCGAGACUGUGGAGAGCAUAUUCUACCUGUAUCGCCUCACCCAGGACGAGAAGUAUCGGGAAUGGGGCUGGAGAAUUUUCCAGGCAUUCAAGAAGUACACCCGAGUGCCCGGCUUUGGCUAUUCCUCGAUAAACAAUGUUAAAAACGCUGGCAGUCCCAGCUAUAGAGACAAAUUAGAGAGUUUUUUCAUGGCGGAAACACUUAAAUAUUUAUAUUUGAUUUUUAGCGAUGAUCCCGAUUUAAUCCCGUUGGAUAAGUUCGUUAUUAACACCGAAGCACAUCCGCUGCCGAUAUAUAAGAACCCUAUAUAGACAGCAUUACUUCAAUUCACUCAUUUGUAGAUUAUUAUAUGUUUGUUAUCAAUAUAUGCUUGUAUAUUUCCAGUUUAUUUUUAUGUAAAUAUUUUGGAGACAGUGUUUAUUUAUUGAAUUAUUUACCUUAGUAUUAUUUCAGAUGUUUUGCUUAACAUAAGCAACCUUACCACCUGGCAUUUUCCACCUGAUAGAAUAACACAAUUUAUGUGUUUUCAUACUCCUAUCAAUAAAACUGAUAAUAUUGUUUCCAGUAUUGUUAUGUACAAUUUGAAACACAGUCUAUUUUAUAUCCAGUUCAGUUUUUGUAUUGGUUAGUUCUCUGGGCAUUACCUCAAAUGUUCAUGGUCCACACCUUUUUUCAUGGCGGAAACGCUUAGAUAAAUAUGAGUCACGUUCUGAGAAAACUGGGCAUAAUGCAUGUGCGUAAAGUGUCGUCCCAGAUUAGCCUGUGCAGUCUGCACAGGCUAAUCAGGGACGACACUUUCCGCUUUUAUGGUAUUUUUAGUUUCCAGGAAGGCCCUCCUUACCGAAAAUCAAGUUUAGGCGGAAAGUGUCGUCCCUAAUUAGCCUGUGCGGACUGCACAGGCUUAUCUGGGAUGACACUUGACGCACAUGCAUUAAGCCCAGUUUUAUCAGAACACAACUCAUAUAUAUAUAUAUAUAUAUAUAUAUAAUUUUUAGAGAUGAUCCCGAUUUAAUCCUGUUGGAUAAGUUCGUUUUAAACACUGAAAAACAUCCUCUGCUGAUAUAUAAGAACCCUAUAUAGGGAAUGUUACUUCAAUUCACGCAUUUGUAGAUUAUUAUAUGUUUGUUAUCAAUGUAUGUUUGUAUAAUUCCAGUUUAUUUUUAUGUAGAUAUUUUGGAGACAGUGUUCAUUCAUUGAAUUAUUUACCUUAGUAUUAUUUCAGAUGUUUUGCUUAAUGUAAGCAACCUUACCACCUGGCAUUUUCCACCUGAUAGAAUAACACAAUUUAUGUGUUUUCAUACUCCUAUCAAUAAAACUGAUAAUAUUGUUUCCAGUACAGUAAUGUACAAUUUGAAACACAGUCUAUCAUAUAUUCAGUUCAGUUUUUGUAUUAGUUUGUUCUCUAUGAAUUAUCUCAAAUUGUCAUGGUCCACAGGUUCAAAAGGUCCCAAAGACACCUAGUUGUUGUAUUUUUGUGAAUUUUCUGUCUAUUCUAAUAUUUUCCUCUAAAAAUUAUAUUAAAGAGAAUAUAAAACACGAUUGUAUGGUUGUAAGGACUGAUGGACGUAACAUAGUUAUUAGACCGGAUUAAACAAUUUCCCUGUUAAAAACCAAAGAAAUAAUUCUUUAUUUGUUUAAAGUUCUUUAAUUCUUUGUUUAUUUCUUUUUUCACGUUAAAAGUGCUUUAAACUAGUAAAUACUGCUUAGGUAUGGGUUGUUUUACCUUUUUGUAAAGAAAUCUUGAUCUGAAAUAUCACUCGGUGAUCAUUUUUAUAUAAGAAUUCCGUGAUGAGAUAUGCUAAUACCACUGCAGGAAGUCGAUGUGCCCAGCCCACCUACUUCUCAAAGCCUAUUGGGGUCUUUUUUUGAAGAUGAUUUUUUAUUUUUGGCUGUGCUCUGAAAAGGGGGUUUACUGAAUGAGCUCAGUGUCACCCCAGAUUAGCCUGUGCAGUCUGCACAGGCUAAUCAGGGGUGACACUUUCUGUGUAAACUGCAUUUUUUCUAAGAAGAGACUUUCUUUAAACAAAAAAUAUCAUAAAAGCGGAAACUAAGCUAACUGCACAGGCUAAUCUGGGACAACACUGUACGCACAUGCAUUAAAGCCCCUUUUCACAGAGCAUGGCCCAUUUCAAUGUAUAGUAUGUUUAGCUCCCCCAGGCACGAUAUACACAUGUUGAUCUAUUGAGAUCACCAAACGUCUGUCUUUGGCCAUCGUAUGUAAUCAACUUGUAGCUGGUUACCUCUGAAGAGGACACAUUUUUUUAUCCAAUCUUAAUGAAACCUUGUAAGAAUAAUUGUCUUUACUUAUUUUAGGUUAAGUUCAAAUCUGGGUCAUCCAAAAACUAGAUCAUCAGGUCAAAUCUAAGAAUAACCGUGUAACCACUUUACAGGCUAAAUAAAAGACUUAAAUCUUCAUGACACAAGGUCAGAAUGUUCAUCGUGACAACUUCAAGGCAGGGUUGGAAUCUUGGUCAAGGUCAUCAAAUAUAGUGCCACUUGGUCAAGGUCAUCAAAUAUAGUGCCACUUGGUCAAGGUCAUCAAAUAUAGUGCCACUUGGUCAAGGUCAUCAAAUAUAGUGCCACUUGGUCAAGUCUUGAAAAUAGAUAUUAAACAUAGCCGAACGCUUCAUUGCCAUCAUGGCCCUCUUGUUUCAAAAUAUCAAUUAAAUGGUCUUUUAAUGUAAGUUAUAAUGAACGGCAUAUAAUUUGAAAUACCAACAUUUUGGCAUGCAAACAACCACCUACAUUUUGACAUUUCUGAUAUGAAACAUAACAUUCAAUUUUUGUUUCUUAAAAUACUGACAUUUAGUGAAAGUCAAUAAAGCAAUUAUUUCUUUCAAUGACUCAGCAAAUGAUGAUAAUAUUUGAAAUUAAAAAUAAGUCUCAGAAAUGUGCAAGUAGCUUUUUGUAACAAGACAGAAAGCUGCUAUGGUAUAUGGCUUAAUUAACCCUUUCCUACUCAGAAGCAAAGUUAAAUGGCUAUGUGCAAACAGCAUAAAACCAGAACAGCCUGCGAGUAACUCACAGUCUGUUCAGGUUUUAUGCUGUUUGCUGCUCAUCAGUAUAAGUGGGUUAGAAAUAAAGCCUUUAAAACUUUAAUCUCGUGUUAAAGGUCUUUAAUUAAAUGUAACUUUCUAAGGGACUACAAAUGUGUCAAAAUAUGUAUCUAAGUGGUAAAGAGUGAACAGUACUUUUGUUCUCAAUAUUACCCUUACAGGCAUUAAUCUCACAACCCACCUUAGAAUUAUAAUCUGGACAUAUAUUAAGUAUUAAUGAGAUUUAUUGAUUGCCAUUGUAAACUUUUAUUGUUUAAGAGUUAUCCUUCAGCAGCCUAUUGUAUACAUAUAAAUAACUUAAGCCUAUACGAACGAUAACCUUAUUCGGAUAAAGAUAACCGAAGUAAAAAACCUUGGCUAAAUCUUAUACAAACGUAUCCAAAAUGUGCACCUGUUCGGAUAUCUAUUUGUUUAUACAAUCGCUAACCAAAAAAUGUUAUCCUUAAAUUGGAGAUAACCAGAUGUUAUCCACUGGAUAAUAGUUAUCCAGAUUUAUACAAUUGGCUGCUGCGCAAUUAUUUACUUUGAAAAUAAACAAAGGUCAAUAAAUCUGAAAAGGAAAGGCACAGAGUUAUGGUCCCUGUGAAAAGCAGUUUUCUGUACCUAGAACCAUCCAAAUGUCAAAACUGUCCCUUUUAUUAUUUUUGUCUUCAGAUAUAUUUUCAAUAUAUAUAGCAUGAUAAUAAACUAAGACAAUAAAUGAAGGUUAAAGUAGGGGGUUCAAUGCGAUGUGAUCCAUUUACCCAUUAAGUUAAAUUUUAGUACUUUUUGGUCAAGUUAUACACAAAAGCAAAUAAUGGUGGCCUACCAAAGUUGCUAAUAUAGCUCAAAUUUUGGUCGCUUAGUCAAAACACAUGACAACAAUUCUAAAUCUGCUUAACAAUUGACAAUAUAUUGUUAUAAGGCAGUCAUAGUAAUGUAUUGUUGUAAUUGUCCCCUACCGGUGAAACCGGAGGUGACUAACGGUUUGCGCUCUGUGUGUCAGUCUAUCUGUCAGUCCGUCACACUUUUCUGGAUCCUGCGAUAACUUUAAAAGUUCUUCAUAUUUUUUCAUGAAACUUGAAACAUAGAUAGAUGGCAAUAUGGAGAUUAUGCACGUCAUUUCAUUGUGGCAGCUAUGGCAACAAAUAUAUACACUCAAAAAAUACUGACAAUGGUGGAGUUUCACUGGUAGGGGACCAUAUUGCUUGGCAAUCUCUUGUUUUCAGUAUAUGAUCAUACUUUGGGUGUUGGGAAAUACUAAACACGUGUUAUAAUGAACAUUAUAUUAUUUAAAAAGGACAGUUUUUCAAGGUUUGGUUAUCACAAAUGUUGUUCAAUUAUUUAAAAAUAAAUAAUAAUACAUUGUAGGAUUUGGGUAUUUUAAUUAUGAAACAUAAACAAUCUUGGCUUUUUCAUGUGUUAAUUUUGUUUGCUCUUCAUAAAUAACCUUGAAAAGUUUGCUUUAUCAAUAAGUGCAGAAUAAAAAUUAGUAAAGAGUUCCAAAUCUUGAAUUCUUGUACCUUAUGAUGAAUACUUGGAUUAUAGAAAACUCUUUACAUAGAAUUACAGUCGGGAGUCCUCCAGUUUCAGACUCUAAAUGAUUUUGAUAUUUUAAUAGAAGAAACAAAUUGUACUAUAUCAUUAAAUCUUGAAGCAUUGAUUACAAAGAUAAAAUUCCAUUAUCAACUAUUUUAAUACAGGACUUUUUGAAACUUUUUUAUAGUGUAAGGCAAGCCUCAAAGGCUAUGUACAUGUAUUUUUGUUGUGUUUAAGAGCUUUAUUUGCAAAGUUCUUUAUUGAUUUUAUUGUUAUGUAAACUAUUUGUGUUUUUCCUGUGUGCUAAUAUUUAUGGUGAGAGGUGAUUUUUUUCCUCUGAUUUAGAUGACAUUGCAUUGGUUGGUUAUCAUUUUGUAGUACAUGUACAUGUCUUGCAAUAUGCUUGAGAAUAUUGUAAAAUAAUUGCAAAAAAAAGUUUAAUAAACUAAAAUAAACUGUU